UAAAUUAUCGGUGUCUGAUUGGCAACUUUAACCUAUUGAAAUGGCGAUGCUGUCAGCUAAUCUACUGAGGAAAAUUCCUCAAUUUCAUCUAAGAGGAGUUUCUUCUACACUAGAAAAGGUAUGCAUAUCAAGGAACAUCAAGUUGAAUAUAGCUUCAUCGGAGGGAUGUCAGUGGAGGGCAUAUAAUCAUCUUUCAAAGUAUCAACAAGGUCUGAGUACAAGGAUACAGCCAACAAUAGGAAGCUACCAGUCACAACCAAUCUGGGAUCUAAAAGGAAUCCAUACUUCACAUUAUUAUAAUGAUGAGGUUAAAGUGGUAGAAACGCCUCCUUUUGCCGAGUCUGUGUCAGAGGGCGAUGUAAGGUGGGAUAAAGGUGUUGGAGACUUUGUAGAGGAAGAUGAAGUUAUUGGAGAGAUCGAAACAGACAAGACUUCUAUCCCAGUACCAGCACCAUGCAGUGGGGUCAUCCUUGAGUUCUUGACACCAGAUGGAGAGAAGGUUGUAGCAGGUCAAGAGCUUCUCAAGAUCCAAGUCUCAGGAGAUGCACCUAAGAAAGCUGCUUCAGAAGCUGCCCCAGAGGCUGCAGCCCCUCCUCCUACCCCUCCACCACCUGCUGCUGCCCCAGCCACGCCCCCUCCAGGAGCAUCCGCUGGGCCCAUACCAUCAACUCCACCACCACCGCCCUCUAUACCUACAGCUCCUAUCACAUCUAAACCAGCAUCAUCAGUCCCUAUCCAGCCUGCUACAGUAUCCCAGUCAGAACCUACUGGCUUUGGAACAAGAUCGGAACAAAGGGUCAAGAUGUCCAGGAUGAGACAGAGGAUAGCACAAAGACUCAAGGAUGCCCAGAAUACUGCUGCAAUGCUUACUACAUUCAAUGAAAUAGAUAUGAGCAAUAUAAUAGCAAUGAGGAAUAAACACAAAGAUGCUUUCAUUAAGAAGCAUGGAGUCAAGUUGGGCUUUAUGUCAGCUUUCGUCAAAGCAUCAUCUUACGCUCUCAAGGAAAUGCCCGUUGUUAAUGCAGUUAUCGAUGAAAAUGAAAUAGUGUAUCGUGACUAUGUUGACAUCAGCGUGGCUGUGGCUACUCCUAAGGGUCUAGUAGUUCCUGUUCUGCGGAAUGCUGAUGGUAUGAGCUUUGCGGACGUUGAGAAGGGGCUCAAUGAGCUUGGUGAAAAGGCCAGAUCAGGAACACUAGCAGUUGAAGACAUGGAUGGAGGCACCUUUACCAUUAGUAAUGGAGGUGUAUUUGGUUCUAUGUUUGGUACCCCGAUCAUCAACCCACCUCAGUCAGCAAUCCUUGGAAUGCACGCCUCGUUUGAUAGACCUGUUGCUAUAAAUGGAAAGGUUGAGAUACGGCCUAUGAUGUACAUUGCCUUGACAUACGACCACAGACUGAUCGAUGGUAGGGAAGCCGUUACCUUCCUUCGUAAAAUCAAAGCCGGUGUCGAAGACCCCAGCAUCUACUUACUAGAAAUGUGAUUUACUCAGAGUUAUAGAUCUAGAUAUAUUUAAGAAGAUCCGUUGAAGAAGUAGCAGUGAAGCUGGACUUGUGAUUGUAAUAUUCUGCAAUGAGGAAAUUGAAGUGGAAGCUAGGUGAAAGUGAGAUCAGUUGAACUUGACUGACAGCUAUUCGUUGUUGAAAUAGUUUUUGUUGAUGGGUAUGUUUGGUCUGUACCAUUCACCAACCGUAUCCCCUACACUUUUGAUGAAUAUUAUUUAUUUUGAUUUCUGUAAUAUCCAAUGGAAUUUUGAUGAAAAUUACAUUUACAGAAUUGUGGUAUUCAUACAGUACAUACUCGUUAUGAUUGAUAAGCAUUUUGUUCUUUAUUUGUUGAAUUUUAUAAUUCAUUGCCGAGUUACAGUUUUUGAUAGGUCAUCCAGAAAUGCUUCUUUUGAAAAUUGUACAAUGUUUUAGAUAAAAUGUACAUAUUAUAUAACAUUAACAAAAAUAUGUGAAUCAGAUAUUGUCUUGGGGUCUAAGAGUGAAAUGUUAGACAUGUUUUUGCCCACGGUGAAAGUAUAUAACUUGAUGCAAAUGACUUCAAAUAUGAUAUACAUUUGAAUAUUCAGUCAGUGGCUAAACAGAGUCAAUUUUGAAUACUGUGGCAUGUCUCAUUGAUAUUUAUUAAAAACAUGAGUAAUAAUCAAUGAGUUUUCUCCUUUGUCACUGCAUUAAUACAUACUAUCUUCAAAUGUGUCACACUACUGGUAAUCAUCUAAAAUUGAGGUGGUAUGCUCUAACUACGAUUGUACUUCACAUUCUUGAAAAAAUGCCUUUCUGAAGCUUCUAACAGAGUCUCAGUAGUUUGUUGACCUGUCAAUUGAUAGUGAAAAACUUAUGUAUAUGAACAAAAAGACAAAAGGCCAUUUUGUUAUAAA